AUGCCUGCCUCCGCGGCAGGGAGCGGCGCCGAUGCCGACGCCGCAAAACUCGCCGUCUGGAAGGAGGCCCUGUACGAACGGUGCAAGGAAGCAGGGCCCGGAAACGACCUCUUCUCCCAGGAUGACCUGCUGCGGCUCGACGUCAUCCCGAACAAGGAUCUGCUCCUGCUGGCGCGGGUGGUGCAGUCCCUCAGCGACGACAAGCUGUUCAUCACCAUGAGAGAGGCCAGCGGCCAGGUGCUGUGGAAAUGGAGGGAUGCGCAGGAAGCUCACAAGUAUAAGCAGUGCUCCACCGACGAGCAAGUCAUGGUGUAUUCGUUGAUCGACGACUCCGGCGGCGACGGCAUCUGGUCGCAGACGCUUCAGAAGCGCCUCAACAUGCACGAUUCGGUGCUCAAGAACGCCCUCAAGCAGCUCCAGGCAAAGGGGCUGAUUGCGCCGUUCAAGAACGUCGAGCACCCCAACAAGAAGAUGUACAUCAAGGCAUCCAUCCGGCCGAGCGAGCGGGCCACCGGCGGGCCCUGGUACACGGACCAGAACCUCGACGAAGCCUUCAUCGAAGACUUGCAGCGCGUCGUGUUCGACUUUGUCAAGCGCUCCAGCGCCUACGUCAGCACCCACUCCGGAUCCAGGACCCAGGCGCCGAAAAAGGGCGUCGUCAAGGGCGCCGUCAAGGGCGCCGCCGUCGACAAGGGCAGGAAGCGAGACGCCGACGAGAUGAGCAGGCCGCCCGCCAAGGCGCCCAGGACGUCGGCCGGCGCGCCGCCGCCGCCGCCGCCGCCGAGACGCGGAGCCGCCCUGCUGCCCCUGCCCGCUGGCUACGUGGGGUACCCGACCGUCCGGGACAUCGCGCGGCUCCUGUCGAGCAGCGGCAUCACCAACAACACCAUUCUGUCCGAGGACGACGUCAAGAAGCUGGUUGACGUGCUGGUGUGGGAUAACCUCGUCGAGCCCGUCAAGGUCGCUGGCAAGCUUGGCUACCGCGUCGCCCGCGUCGCCAAGCAAUCCACCGAAAGCUGGGCGGGGAGGGAGGAUCCGACGGGGCGAGAUGCCGGCCCGGAGCCAUACGUCAGCCCUUACACGGAGGCGCCCUGCGGGAAAUGUCCCGUGUUCGAGCUGUGCGAGGAGGGCGGGCCCGUCGGCCCGAGCAAUUGCGAGUACUUUAAGAGAUGGCUCGGCUUGGAUCUGGAGUAG